GAACUUAGCCCUAUCUGGGUGCUGGUAAAGGUUUUGAUUCUUCCUACAUGAAAGACGGCAAAGCAUACCCAAAAAGGUCCAUGCACUGGAUUCCCAUUGUCUACUGUACAUUCCGGAGUAUUCAGGAAGAAGGGGAGGUUCUCUAUGGCACAUACAGGGUGGACGGACGUUCAUUGAUUCUGUAGCUCAGACAGGAUCUGGUGUCGCGCACAGUGAGAAGUUCAGUCACCUUACACCAUGCUGCAGCUGCAAGGAAGUGAAUUCCUGCUCGUGGUUCUGGUCCUGACCAUCCUUCAGGUAGCAGCAACCAACGGAGACAUGGAGCUCAAUAGUACUGAAGAUAGCAGCAUCACCCCCGGCCCCCCUGUACUCGAUGAUAUUGAUAAUUCUACCGCCAGUAACAAAGACGAAGACUACAGCACACUGGAUAACAGCUUGUAUCAAGAUUACUGUGUAAAAAAUGAUGUUCGAGUAUUCCGGUCCCACUUCCUGCCAGCGAUGUACAUCAUCAUCUGCUUCAUCGGAUUAGCCGGAAAUGGCCUAGUGAUGCUACGAUACUUGUACUUCAAGAGACUAAAGACAGGAACGGACUUCUACAUGCUGAACCUGGCUGUCGCAGAUGUUGUUUUCCUCUUUACCCUUCCCUUUUGGGCAGUGAGCAUCAGUUAUAGUUGGGUUUUUGGUAGCGGGAUGUGUAAGGUCAUAUACUGUCUGUACAAGAUGAGCUUCAUCAGUGGGAUGUUCUUGCUCAUGAGCGUGAGCAUUGAAAGAUACUUUGCAAUAGUCCAAGCCCCCUCUGCUCACCGGCACAGAUCCAAGACGGUGUUCAUAAGCAAGAUCUCCAGUAUCGGCAUCUGGUUCGUGGCCUUCACCUUGUCCAUACCAGAGUUGAUCUAUAGUGGUAUCGUGAAUGACGAUGGAAAGGACAUGUGCGCCAUGUUCUCCACAGACUUUCAGAGUUUCAACGCAAAACUGAGGAUCAUCCAGAUGGUCAUGGGAUUCCUUCUACCCUUCAUCAUCAUGGCUCUUUGCUAUAGUUUGAUCAUCAGGACUCUUCUUCGGGCACGGAAUUUCGAGAAGUACAAAGCCAUUAAGGUCAUCAUCAUCAUUGUCAUCGCUUUUGUGGUCUUCCAGUUGCCAUACAAUGCUGUCCUGUUGGUAAAGACCUUUUCGAACACCACUGUGUGUACAGAGAGCAAAAAAUUGGAUAUAGCUGAUGACGUAACCUACAGCCUUGCAUGCUUGCGUUGUUGCCUUAACCCCUUCCUCUACGUUAUCAUCGGAGUCAAGUUCAGAAAUGACAUGUGUAAAUUCUUCAAGGAUCUGGGCUGCUUAAGUCAUGAGAAGUUUUCCCAAUGGUCUACCGCUAAACCGAGCAAGAGAAGCUCUUUUGCAAUGGACACAGAGACAACCACCACCUUUUCUCCUUGAUAUUCCAGUGCAAACAUUUUCUUAAUAAAUACAGUGACACCCCAGAAAUGGUCUUUCAAAGGGGUGGCCUUUUCAAUGAAGAGUAACCUCUAUAAAUAGGGACCUAAAAAUCCCUCCCAGGAGGAUCUGGUGUAGAUCAUGGGUGGUCUUCCCAAAGAAGUGGUUUUCUGGAGAGCUACCGGGGGAAUUUGCACUUCAAACGUUGCUUUCAAACUUUUUUGAGCAACAAAGGGAAUCAUUAUCUAGAAUCUCAGAAACAAUAUCAAGUUUCACUUUGACACAUAGGGAACCAUUGACAUUCAUCACAUAUUUAUCUCAUCAGUUUCUGACUGAAUUCAUUCUUGACCAAAAAAAAUAAAAAAUAAAAGAUACAUUUCCCUGGGUUUCUUGAUAUGACUCAGUUUAAACUAAAAGGACACCUCUGCUUCUGCGUCAGAUCAGUUUCGCUGUUAUAAACCAAUAUUUUUUUAUUCUACAGAAUUUUUUAGAAUUUUUGAGGGAGCUUUAUCAAAAAGGAAAAGUGGAGCAGUAGCCAAUAACAACCAAUCAGAGCGCUUCUUUAAUUUUUCUUUAAAAAGGCACAAAAAAAAGCAAUCUCCUCUUUUCUUCUAGACAGGUUAUGAUACCCCCAUGGGAAUGGAGUUCCUGCUAAUGUUCCCAGCCCUUCAGUGGAAAUCUUGGGUGAGUUCAUGCACUUUUUUCCCCCAGGACCCCUGAUCAGCAUACAUGUCUGAUCACCGCUCCAACAAAAUGGGGACAUAGUUCUAAUUUUGGAGGUCCAAGCAGUGGAGAACCCAGCAAUCAGACACUCCUCACCUACCCUGUGGAAGGGCAAAGCUUGUUAUUGUAGAAACCCCCUUUUUUCGGAUCCGUUCACUUCAUCUUAUCUUAGGGGUUAUCCAGGAUUAGAAAAGCUGAGCUGAUUUCUUGUCAAAACAGCACCACACUUGUUCUCAGGGUGUGCGUGGCAUUGCAGCUCAGUUCAAGCGGAGAGCACUGUGGUCAGACAGAAAAGAAAUUCAAAAAGAAAAUAACUUCCUGUGGAGCAUACAGCAACUGAUAAGUACAGGAAGGAUUAACAUUUUUACAUAGAAGUAAUUCAUAAAUCUGUUUAACUUUCUGGCACAAGUUUAUUUAAAAAAAAUUGUUUUCCACUGGAGUACCCCUUUAACUCUGUUUAUCUAUACUUGGAUAAUCCAAUAAGAACCUCCUAAAAAUGACCGUAUUAGGCUAAG